UUAAAAUUUCCUCAAAUUAAUAACAAUUUCGAAUUUAAUUUAGCGUUUUAGAUUAAAUAAAGUAUCAGAAGUAAAAAUAUUUUACUUGAACAUAUUCAAAUAAUAAACAUGGAAAUCCAAUAGUAGCUGCAAGUUGCACAUUUAAAGUUGGACUUAAAAAACGAUGGAUUUACUGAAAACACCUUCAACUCAAUCACUUUUAGAUUCUGAUCUCGAAUCAGUGGAAAGUCUUCAGUAUGUGGAUUUUGAAGAGCUUGAUGAAGUGGAAUAUGCUUUGCCUACCAGUGAGGCCCCAACCCUUGCAGAAGUAUUAUCUUCAGAGGAAUUGGAAAGCGAAAACAAAAUAUCUUCAUCAAAAUUUGAGGAAACCACAUGUUCUGCUUUACAAGUUGACUUUUUACAGGCAAUAUCACAACAAUUAUUACAGGCUCAAGAACGAUCAUCUGCCGGUGCUGCUACCACAUUAAGUAUUGGCUCCAAUGGUAGACUUACAGUGGGAACUGCACAUGGCCAUCUACUUUCAUUCCACGAUCAAACAUUACGGUGGGUGUGUGACUCAAAUGGCGAUAACGGAGCAGUUACAUGUCUGUCAUAUAAUCACGAUGGUACUCGACUUCUAGCUGGAUUCGCUCGAGGACUUGUUUAUCAGUAUGAGAGUAUACGAGGAUUAAUUCUCAGAAAAGUAACACUCGGAGGAGAGUUAUGGGGUACAUUAAGAGUGACAUGGGCUGGCACAUCUGGACUAGCUUUAGAUACAGGUGGAUCUGUAUGGCUAAUAAGAUUUUCGAGGCCAUUAGGCGUACGUUCUGCGCGAGUUUCUUGUUUAUUUUCGGGAGCACGCGGGGAAGUGGUGGCCAUGGCAGCUCGCGACGCUCGCAUUUUAGCUCUAGCGACUCUAUCGAGAGUCAUCAUAGUUGCCGGCGGCCGAGCGGCUGGAGUACGCCUAGAUGGCCCACCCGAUGUCCUCCCUGUGUUGGAGUGGUGUGAACUAGACAAUAGAAUACUUGUAUCUGCCCGUGCUAAUAUUAUGCAAUGGCUUGCUGUUACCAUAAUUGGAUCAUCUAUAAGCCUUCGGCCAGUACAGCGAGUGGAGCUUAAGUCAACACCUAUAUGGCUCGGCUGGCUGGGAGGUAGCCUUACAAUAUUUGAUUCCGACGAAAAUCUUCGAUUCUGGGGUGAUGAUUAUGACAAGCCACUAGAUUUGUCUCAAAUAGAACCUGUAUAUUCGUCUUCAUUUUUUAAGGGCCACUGGACGGACGGCCGUGUGUCGCAAGCUAUGUGCAAAGCCGGCGAAAGUGCUUUAGGGGGAGCUUGCAUAUCCGAAGGCACGUUAGCACUUCUUGGUCGUCGCGGAGUAGUUCGCGUCAAGCCACGAGACUUGCUUGCAAGGGCCCAAUCAUUUAUAGCUACUGGACGCUAUUCCCAAGCCUUAAGGUUGCUUUGUUCAGCUCAAGGCGUCGAGGCUAAAAAGUUGGUGAAUGAAUUUAUUGGCAAUUUAGCUGAUAGACCGCAUAUAUUGAGCAACAAAAACGUCGCAGUGCAAGUCGUUAAGCUGUGUCACAAAUAUGAUUUCAGUGAUGAGUUAUGGAAUUGCCUUUGGGAGAAUUGUUCCGGGGAGCAAGCUUUCGUUGAAGCGUUGGGAGAUGCUGCGGUGCGUGGUGAACUGUCUAAUAAACCACCCUCUCCUGACUUUACACAGGAGCUAAUAGAAAGACUAGCCGAGUUCGAGCCCGACCUAGUGGAGCGCGUGGUAGCGUCUUUGCCGCUAACGUCGCUGGACCCGCACCGCGCCAGCGUGUUCACACGCGACCGCGGUCUAUGGCGGGGCGUCGGAGCCAUUGCAGCGGCACUGGACGGGUGCAGCGGUGCUAUGCGCGAGCUGGUGACGUUCGUGGAUGAGGCGUGCGGCGGCGGCGCGACAUGCGCGUGCGCAGGUGGCGCGCUGCUGUUAGCGGCGGCGGACGCGCUGGCGGGGCGGGGCGCGGGCGGCCGGGCGCUGCCCGCACACGCGCGCCCGUCUGCCCGCCACGACGCGUUGCAUACUCUGCUCGCCGAGGAGGCUGGAAUACGAUCCCCCUUGCGAGUGCUAGUGGCGCAUGACACGUCAGCCGCGGUCCGGUUGCUGGAGCAAUGUUCGCGGGAGCCGCCGUUCGCAGGCCCGCUCGGCAAACAGAACCGUCUGCGCGUAGCUCGUGCUUUGCUCAACUACACCAAAGACCUAGAGGAGUCAGAAAAACGUCUGGAAAUUUUGGAGUUCAUCGCAGGGCAGCUGAGUUCAGGCGCGCUGCCGUUAGAUCACGAUUUAAUCAAAAAUAUGCAAGAAUUUGUCGCGACCACAGAUGACGAGCGUUCCGAUAGAGCGUGGCUAAUGGUUUUGACGCGGAUACGAUCACAACGAGACCAAAUGCUCGCCCAGUACAGGGACGCUAUUCUUCGACCUCGAAUUUUGUGGCGAAUGGACGCAAUGCUUGAUAGACACGAUGAAGCUCUUAAAGAGUUCUUUGAAAUACGGAAUCCAUCAAGUAAAGAUAUAGAUGAGUUCUUUGAACAUUUAAGAUCAAGAAUUGAAGUUGAUGGUGAAAUGAGAAAACGGCUGAAACCGUACCUUUCUGCGCUCGUAGAACUGCGUCCCCGGUCAGCCGCCGCUUUACUUAAUGAUGAGUGCAGCGACUUGAUCUCCACAAUUCUGGACUCAUUAUCUUUAAAGUGCAAAAUUGAGUUCGGCGAUUGUCUAUUGGAUACGGGGCGACUACGUGGCGACGCGGCCGCGAUUCAUCUGCGGGCUCUGUGUACACAUCGACCCAGCGAUGUUAAGGACUUUCUUAUUAAAAAUACCGGAAUCGUGAGACCAGAAGACGCGCUCGGAAUCGUAAAGGAGCUGGGUCCCAGAGAUGCAGAGUCCAUAUGUUUAGAAGCGACUGGUGAUCAUUUGGGCGCACUAGACGCGCUCCUGCGAUCAAUAUCAUCAAGUCAAGACGAGGAAUCAAAAGCGGCCGUCGUAGACGAAGCAAGCGCUCUGUGUGCGAGAGUCGGGCCAACCGUUCCGACUAGCAUGGCGGCGGAGAUGUGGACGCGGCUGCUGCGCAGUGCGGGUUCGGUUCCGCCACCGCUUCUCUUCGAAGCGAUCGCCUACCUGCCGCUCGAGGAGCUCGUGGUCAAGACGUGCGAUUCGCCGCGAGUCGCAGCAACGAUUCUUUCGGGGGGCGUGACUCGGAAAGGCGUGUGGCAGUGUACAACGCGCAUUGUGCAGCGCGAAGCACACGAGGCGCUAGCUCGUGCGCUGACGGUGGCGCGACGCGGCGCAGCGGCACGCGGCCUCUGUAGGCGCUGCGAGCGACCGCUGGAGAGUCGUUCCGGCGUGCGCACGCUACACUGCGGGCGUGCCGUGCACGCAGAUUGCGAGCCCGAGCCACAGUGUGCGUGCGGCCGACGCGCACCGACAGAAGCGCUAAGCUUACCGCCAUGGCCGCGACGUCGCACCGCACUGUUACACGACGCGGAAUUGCUGCUAGUGGCUCCGCCCCGUCCCGAUCUCGAAGGCGUCGUUUGAUAUUUGACGAUGACCUUAGGUACUUUAUGCUAGAAAUUCGUAUUUUAUUCAUUUACCUGUUGGUAUAAUUAAAUGUUACUCUGUUA